AUGGGUGGUUUCCUCCCUUGGUACACCUUUGCUGCUGUGAUUUUCAUGGUAAUUCAUGGAGGUUUGUGUGCAGAUAUCAUUGGAGGAAAGGAAGUAAAACCACACUCAAAACCAUUUAUGGUCCAAGUCAAGGGACAAAAAGGAGAUUUUUGUGGAGGAGCUUUAAUCAAGGAAAACUGGGUAUUAACAGCUGCACACUGUAAAGUGGAAAAAGGCAAAGUUAUUCUUGGAGCCCAUUCAUUGAAAAGACGUGAAAAAGAACAGCAGACUCUUCGGAUUGCAAAUUCCAUUCGUUAUCCAUGCUACGACCCCAGUACAAAGGAGAAUGACAUUAUGCUGCUGCAGCUCCAGGGAAGAGCAAAGCUUAAUAAAGCUGUGAAACCAAUCUCCCUGCCUCCCUCAGAUGACGACCCCAAGCCAGGAACAAUUUGCACAGUAGCAGGAUGGGGUAAAACUGCCAAUCGUCCAUCAAAACUCCCUUCUGUUCUGAUGGAGGUCAAUAUCACUGUCAUCAAGAGGGAAAUCUGCAACGAUAGACACCAUUAUAAUGGCAAACCUGUCAUUACACAGAACAUGAUAUGUGCAGGGGCUAAGGAGGGAGGAAAGGACUCAUGUGACGGGGACUCUGGUGGACCCUUAAUAUGUAAUAGGGAGUUGAGAGGCAUCACUUCGUUUGGGAAGCCAAAGAAAUGUGGCAAGGCUGAUGGCCCUGGUGUCUACACUCGACUCACAAAGCAAUACCUUGAGUGGAUAAGAAAAACCAUAGGGGGGGCCUAAUAGAUUGGGUUUGGAGCAAGUCGUUUGUGUAAGUUAAAUGGGCUUUUAAAAUCUGCUUCGUUAGUCUGGUAAAAGUGUUUGUCACAGUUCAGAAUUGUCACACAAUUUUGGCAGCUUGAUGUAGUUCUACUAAGGUAGCAUCUAUAGCAUUUAUAGCUUAUACUGUAAGCCAUGGAGUCAUUGGGGGUAUCUGGGACUGAGGAUUCCAACGUCCCUGUAGCACAUGUUCACACUGACCUCUACUUGGAUUGGUAUUUCAGAUCAAGAAUCUAAUCCUUGUUUGUGUCCUCACUGCAUGUAGAGCAUAUAUAGCACUCUUCUGUACCUAGACUUCUGCAAAAACCCUGAAAGUUAGUGGCCUGCUAGGUACAAUACAGGCACCUAAAAAAUUGAGCUUCUCUGGAACAAAGCCCCUGGUUUUAUAGGUGUAGUGGAGACUGCUAAGCUUCAGAAAAUU